AUGAUCGUUCUUCGACGAAGUUCAUUUUUCUUACCGAUUUUUCUUAGUUUUACAGCAGGUGGUUUCAUGGCAAAUAUUUUUCUUCGACUACUACCCGACAUUAUAAAUUCAUCCGGACUAACAAGUCAACAACAACAUAAUCGUGCUGGAUGUUUUAUUCUGAUGGGAGUCUUUUUCUCAUUUGGAACUGAAAAGUUCCUUCGUCACUCACAACGUACACUUCUUUUAAACGGCCAUGACGAACAAACAGAUUUUAUGACGUCCGCCAAUACCUUAAUAUUUCUAGUUCUAUUAAUAGACGUUCUGCAUAACUUUACAAAUAAUUUAAAUACUCCGUUGAUCUUUAUGAAUAAAUCAAUAUUUGACUUAACAGAAGCGACGAUCAAAAUUAGCUUCGAAAUUCUUCAUGUGCUUUAUGGUUAUAUUAUCUUUCUUAAUUAUGGAUGGACUCCAACUAAGGCAAUGCGCUAUUUCUUAUUAACAACAAUGAUUAGUUCAAUUGUUUUCGCCUCGAGUGUUCAGUUUCAGUCAUACGCUAAUGUACAGAACUGGUCAAAUCAGAUCUUAUCACCAAUUAUUGCUGGAACAUUGGUCUAUAUUUCUACAGUACAUAUCAUUCCCAAGGUUAUGAAGAACAAUCAAGGAACGAAGACGACUUUGUUGAAAGCCGUAACAUCAGUUAUGAGUGUUUUAAUCGUUCUUUCUUUGAAACAAUACGAGAAAGUAUUUUUUCGAGAACUAUCUAUGAAUUCAAUUUCCCGAGAAUAA